GGCAUGAGUUUCGCCGCCAUUUUGCACCAGACCUAUUGAAAAGAGUGAGAUAUCAGCAGACACGGCGGGAUCUGGCCACUUUAUCCUCUUUCAGUACAUUUCUCUCUGGAUUUAUCCCAACAUAAUCCAAGAUAUUAACUGACAGGUCCUGGAGACAUGGCCACGGAGCAUAUAAAUGGGAACGGUACGGAUGAGCCGGUGGAGUCGCCGGCUGCGGUGCCGGUGACCCAAUCAGAGCACUUCCAGACGCUGCUGGACGCCGGCUUACCCAGGAAAGUGGCCGUCAAACUGGACGAGAUCUACAUCGCAGGGCUCGUGUCUCACAGCGAUCUGGACGACCGAGCGAUCGAAGCUCUGAAAGAGUUCAAUGAAGAGGGAGCGCUGCAAGUUCUCCUGCAGUUCAAAGACAGCGACCUGUCGCAUGUUCAGAACAAAAGUGCGUUCCUCUGUGGCGUGAUGAAGACGUACAGGCAGAGGGAGAAACAGGGGACCAAAGUGUCAGACUCCACUAAAGGACCCGACGAGGCCAAAAUCAAGGCUUUGCUGGAGAGAACCGGCUACACGCUUGAUGUGACGACGGGCCAGCGCAAGUACGGGGGUCCUCCUCCCGGGUCGACCCAUGCCGGGGUCCAGCCCACCGUCGGCACCGAGAUUUUUGUGGGAAAGAUCCCGCGGGAUCUGUUUGAAGACGAGCUGGUCCCUCUGUUCGAGAAAGCGGGGCCGAUCUGGGACCUUCGCCUGAUGAUGGACCCGCUCAGCGGCCUGAACCGCGGAUACGCCUUCGUCACCUUCUGCACUAAAGAGGCGGCGCAAGAAGCCGUCAAGCUAUGUAACAACAACGAAAUUCGCCCUGGGAAACACAUCGGCGUGUGCAUCUCCGUUGCCAAUAAUCGUCUUUUUGUGGGAUCCAUCCCGAAGAGCAAAACUAAGGACCAGAUCGUGGAGGAGUUUGCCAAAGUCACUGAGGGCCUGAAUGACGUCAUCUUAUACCACCAGCCCGAUGACAAGAAGAAGAACCGAGGCUUCUGCUUCCUGGAGUACGAGGAUCAUAAGACGGCGGCCCAGGCGCGACGCAGGCUAAUGAGCGGCAAAGUGAAGGUUUGGGGGAACGUGGUGACGGUGGAAUGGGCCGAUCCCAUAGAAGACCCCGAUCCCGAAGUCAUGGCCAAGGUCAAAGUCCUUUUUGUAAGAAACCUGGCAAGCACAGUAACAGAAGAGCAUCUCGAGAAGACGUUCUGUCAGUUCGGCAAACUGGAAAGGGUUAAAAAGCUUAAAGACUACGCCUUCAUCCACUUCGAGGAGAGAGAUGGCGCUGUUAAGGCUCUUGCUGAAAUGCAUGGGAAGGAUUUGGAAGGGGAACAAAUUGAAAUCGUCUUUGCGAAGCCGCCUGAUCAGAAGAGGAAAGAGCGAAAGGCCCAGAGACAAGCUGCUAAAACUCAAAUGUAUGAUGAAUAUUAUUACUACGGCCCACCGCACAUGCACGCCCCGACGAGAGUGAGAGGCCGAGGCGCCAGAGGUUAUUCGUAUCCUCAUGACUAUUACAGCUACGAAGAUUAUUACGAUUACUACGGCUAUGACUAUCACAACUACCGAGGCGGAUACGACGAUCCCUACUACGGCUACGAUGACUUUCAAGCUCACGUCAGAGGAAGAGGCAACAGAGGAUCCCGCGGCCCCACACUGACCCGAGGCCGGGGCUCCAGCGCCCCCCGAGGACGGGCCGGCUUCUCCCCGCGCCCGGGGCUGGGCUCCAGCAGAGCCCGAGGGUCCCGAGGAGUCCAGCAGAGAUGUCGAGUGGCACCUUGUGGACGAAACGGACCAAAGGGAAAGGGGGUCGAGGCUGGUCCUGACCAGGUAGUAUGAAGACUUGUUGUAUGGGGUUACACCGGAUGCUACCAGUGUUCAUAAGGUUAAAGCAAACUCCCUGAUAUUCCAGCCUGUAUUGAAGCAUAUCUCCAGUACUGCCAGUCCCAACAAAAAAUCCUUUUUCACAUUCGGAGCCCGUCUAAGUAAACGCCCCUCCCCGGUCCCGUAGUCGACGCGUAAGCAUGCCACAUCUUGGGACUGAAGUUCAGACUCUCAAGGAUACCGAAUACGUCAGAUGUGUUUUGCACUUUUUUUUCUUUUCUACUCCUGCGUUUGAAGUGGCUCGAAGGAGCUUGAUGCUGAUGUAUAUUUUUGUGCUAACUACAACUUUCUUUGUGGGAAUGUCCAUGUUAACCUAAAACGUCUGGUAGAGAACAUCUGCGGGGGGGGGUUCGGUGUAACCACCUCUCACGGACGAGUCAGGCAUUCCAGGAACGUGGUUCUUUUCAGAACUUGUCUUUUUAAGGGUCGGUUAACUACCUCAGUAGAGAGGAUUCGACUACCCUGCCUGUACUGUAAAUAGGGACACUUAAAAACAAACAAAAAAAAAGCAUAGGAGCAGGGCUUGUUCCUUAUGAAAUAUGCACAAGAGCGGCGGCUCAGAAGAUAUUCUUAAUGUAAUAUAGUCAAUCCGCCGCCGCUCUGACAUUGCGAACAGUAAAACUGGGCAUGCAAAUGAAUCUCAUGUGAUGAGCUGGAACAAGCCCUGCUUUUAUCCUCCUUUCAACUGAAUUAGCUGCCUUGCUUCUUCAGAUUAUGUAGUUACUGGGUGUAUGAUUGUAUGAUAGUUUGGAAUAAAAUGUUACUUUUGUACCGGCUUAAACAUCACAAAUGCACCCGCUGCGUUUGCUAAGCCCUGCGGUGUCCCUUUUUCGUCCGGGGCGGUUCACGCGAAUGAAUUAUGUAGGUUUUAUAAUCAAUCAUGCGAUCAAUAUUUUCAGUGGGCAUGAGAUGAACUGGUUUCUGAAGGAAAGGGGACACCGCAGCUUCAGUUUAUAUUCCAUAUAUAGCAAGCAGGUGACCGAACCAUUCAACCGGUUUUGUACACAGUUAACUCCCUCUCGAUAAAGCUGUAACAUUGCAACCUUUUGAAAAGAUGUGAGCAGUUUUAAACUAUUGUUGGUGGCCAACAAUGUUUUUGCAUUCCAGCAAAUAAAUUGUUUUAUACUGUAAAAUGAGGUGAGUGUAACUUAUUUUUGUAAUAAAGGUUUUGAAUUCUAUCUUAAAA